GCAGUAGAAGCAGUAGAAGCGGUAGCAGAAGGCGCGAAAGGCGAAACAGAAGUCGGACGUGUCGUUGGAGUUGUAGGUGGUAGCAACUGCCCGCUCGAGUCACGUUCAUCCCGUUAGCAGGAGCGCCCGUUUCGUUUUGGCGAUAUUCGGCCAGUCUUCCAAUGUCCAAGCACACUGCUGCAAGCUCGUCGCUCAACUUCAACGCGAUUUUCGACCCGUCUACAAGCGGGAGCGGCGUGUUGGCGGGCCAAACCUUGAGACUGGGAGCCGGUCGUGGAAGGAAUGCCAAGGCAACUACGUCGACAUUGGGCCCCAGACGUCGUACGACGACUACAACAACAAGCUCCGAGGCAGUCUCGAAAACUGUCGUCGUUGCCCUGGUGGAGGGGCGUGGCGUGGCGAGGGGAGAAGUGGGCCUGGCUUCGUUCGACCUGCGUUGUCCGACUCUGGUGGUGGCACAGUUUCAGGACGACCAAAACUACACCAACACCCUGAUGAGGCUGCAGAUCCUGGAACCUAAAGAGUUGUUGGUGCCCAAGACAGCGUUGGAGCCCCACUCCAUGGGGGAGUUGGUGCAGCUGCUUCGCAAGGAACUUCCGAUGAUCACUGUGGUUCCCCUUGACCGGCGCCUGUUCAACGACUCUGCAGGCAUUGAGUAUGUCCGCAAUCUCUGCGUGCCGGAGUACAGCUCCAUCGAGACAGAGGUCGUUAACAAGUACUAUGGGCUGUCUGCCGUCGCAGCACUGGUGCAGUAUGUGGAAGGAAUGCAGAACGUAACCUGCACCCCACACUCCAUCAAGAUCAUCUUCAACUCGGGCAAGGGAGUCACUCGCCUUGACUGCACGACUGUGCGUGAGCUGGAGCUGCUGGUGAACAAGAUGGCUCCCCGGAGUGGCGCCUCGCUAUUCGGCAUACUGAACCACACCAGGACGCCUGGUGGAGCACGCCUGCUGCGGGUGAAUGUACUGCAGCCACCCUGCGACAAAGAUGCGGUGGCGCAGCGCCAGCAAGCGGUGCGGGAAAUCCUGGACGAGGAGGAGUUCUUCUACGGGCUUCAGUUCCUGCUGGACAAGAUGGUGGACCUGGAGCCCCUGCUGGGGUUCCUGGUGCAGGUGCCCCGGGUGGAGACACAGCACUCGAUGGAGCUGCGCAUCCAGAGCUGCCUCUCCCUCCGCCAACUGCUCGAGUGCGUCGAGCCCCUCAGGCUCCUUCUGUCCAAGGCAGGCCCAGACAGCCUGCUGGCACGCUACGCCUCUGACCUGCAAAACGAUCGCUAUGCUCGGCUGGGCGAAGUCGCCGGCGUGGUGACCCAUAGCAACGUGAAAUACCGCAGGGACUCGUGGCAGAAGGUGCUCCAGCUCUGCGAUGCUAUAAAGCCAGACGUCAACGGCCUCCUGGACAUUGCCCGGAGGACCUUUUCGGAGACCUACCAGGACAUUCAAGACCUGGUGGAGAAGGAACUGGCUGAGGAACUCCAGCUGCCAGUGAAGCUGGCUUACUCCACCACACGAGGCCUCUAUGCUCGGCUGCUUUAUAAGGGACAGCCGCCGGUCCUGCCGGACACGUGUGUCAUGGUGGCCGCCACUAAGACCUUCCUGUCCUUCACCACUGACCGCCUGGUCAGGAUGAAUGAACGGGCUCGCGGAGCCAUCCACGAGGUUUCUCGCCUGAGCAGCAAGGUGCUGGAAUCGGUGGUGGCAGAGGUGGUGGCCAACGUUGGCUGCCUCUACAAGCUGGCCGAGGUGGUCUCUAACGUGGACUUCCUGCACUCCCUCACUGAGGCCUGUACCUUGGAAGAGUAUGUACGCCCAGAGUUCACGGACACCUUGUGCAUCACUGCGGGCCACCACCCUAUUCUGGACAGUGUGGGCAAGGAGACCUCUGUGCCCAAUGAUACGUUCAUGCAUUCUUACAGCAACUGCUGCAUCAUCACCGGACCUAACAUGAGCGGCAAGUCGACGUACCUCAAGCAAGUGGCUGUACUUCAGACGAUGGCCCAGAUGGGCUCUUUUGUGCCCGCCAAGUACGCCUCCUUCCGCAUGGCAGACCAAAUCUUUGUGCAUGCGGGCCACAAAGAAGACAUGGAGACCAACACUUCCACUUUCCUGAUGGAGAUGCGCUCUGCCAGCUACAUCCUCCAGAAUUUCACGGACAGCUCCCUGGUGGUCAUCGACGAGCUCGGCAGGGGCACAAGCGAGGAGGAAGGUGCUGCCAUUUGCAUGGCCAUCACUGAGAAACUCAUGGAUUCAGAUGCAUUUGUGAUCCUGGCCACCCACUUUGACCUGAUGACCCAGAUGGAGUCCAUGUACCGUAACGUCACCAAUUUCCACAUGCAGGUCGAGACUGAGGAAAACGAGGGAUGCUUGAAGCUGCAGUGCACCCAUCGACUUGCCAAGGGAGCAUGCAUGGACCGCAAAUAUGGUCUCAAGCUUGCCGAGAUCUCCAACAUCCCAGCUCCCAUCGUGGCCAGGGCAGCCCAAGUCUCGGACCAGAUAUGUGCCGCUUUCCCAGCAUUCAGCCACGACAAUCCAGAACUGUGGAAACUGGAGCGAGCGGAGCUGGAACUCGGUGGCAAGCUGAAGAUGCUGGCCAAGCACUGCAAGCUGAGUCGGCCCCAACGACACGCCCACCUACUCGAGCUGCAAGCGGAAGCGCAGCGCUUACGGGCCUGGAAGCAAGCACUGCUCGACACAUCAACCAGUGCCCCACAAGCAGCAUCUGACUCGACGAUGGGUUCGGAAGAGUGAUCCGUUUCCGAGAACAGCCUUUUUUCAAACGAGCACCUCAGGUUAUUUGUCUAUUUGUUUAUUUAUUUAUUUGCUUAUAUUGACAGCCAGGUCGGGCUUCGGUUGUUUCCUUGUAUAAAGACAUCAGUCAUUGCUCGUUAAUUUAGCUUGUAUUUCUGCCAUCACUGCUCUACAAACUGAAGGACUGUCUGCUAUAAAACACUAAGUUCAUUUGGUUUUCCUUCAAAGAACUGUCUGCU